UAGUUAUAGUUCGUGUUUUAAAUCGUGCAGUCGUCUUAAGAAGAAGAAAAAUCCAGUGAAAACGAAAUAAUAGAAAGUAGUAGUGUUUAAAAAGUGUAACAGUUUUUCCUAAUAAAAUGUAUUACUAUUAAGGUGGUUUUGUGGGAAAAAAAGAAAGAAAUAAGUAACCAAACAGCCAGCCACCAAACGUAGUUAAACUCAAUAAAGUGUUUUUAUGUGUAUUACGAGUGGAUAUUUAAAAAGGAAAAUAUUUUUUUGUGAUUAAAAAGAAAAUGUAUAAUAAUUGCAAAAUGAGAAAUGCGACAAGUCGGUCUCUUGCAGUCAAGGUCGGUCAUGGUUACCAGCAACUGUAUGAUGUAAAAGACAUUUGUUACCGUUGUCUUCUUUCCGGUCGCUUUAAAAAGUCGUUAACAAAAAGAGCUGGCGCACAAUCAUAUUCACAAACAACAAUAACAGCAGCAGCUGCAGCAACAACAAUAACUUCUCCAACACGUUUAAAAUUACAACAAAGUGGUCUGUUGAGUUCAAUUUAUAUUGAGCUGUUACUUUUUUCAUUAAUGAUCACCACUGUCAUGGGAAUCGGUGGUCAAAAUCAUACGCAAAGGAGUUUAUCGAAUAGUGUAGACUGUUUGGAAGAUUUACGUUUCUAUAGAGAUCCAAAUAGACCUGUUCACAAAAUAUGGACCAGUUCAGAAUGUUCGAAAUACUAUUUGUGUCUGGAGGGAGAAGUAUUUAAUUUUAAAUGUUCCGAGGGUUUACUUUUCGAUGUGGUACGACAAAUAUGCGAUUUUAAACAGAAUGUUGAUAACUGCGAUAUAACUGCGGAAACACCAGUGCCUAAACCUUUAUUAGAUGAAGCCAUCUGUGAGGAAGAAAACCACUGGGGCUGUGGGGAUGGUACUUGUUUGCCGAACGAAUACUUUUGUGAUGGUUCAGUCGACUGUCCCGAUGAAUCAGAUGAGGGCUGGUGUGAUGCUGAAAAUGAUCCAAAUGCCGCAGCUUCAUGUGAUCCGCGCAAAUGUAAACUGCCUGACUGUUAUUGCUCUAAAGAUGGUACACAAAUACCGGCACGUUUGGAGCCGCAGUCGGUGCCACAAAUGAUUUUGUUGAGUUUUGAUGAUGCCAUCAACUUUGAAAAUUGGGAAUUGUUUUCUCAAGUUUUAUUCAAAGGACACCGACGUAAUCCCAAUGGUUGUCCAAUAAAGGCAACAUUUUUUGUUUCUCACCCCUUUACCAACUAUCAAUACGUACAGAAAUUAUGGAAUGAUGGUCAUGAAAUGGCGGUACAUUCAGUGACUCAUCGUGGUCCUGAAAUGUGGUGGUCGCAUAAUGCCACCAUUGAAGAUUGGUUCGAUGAAAUGGUGGGUCAGGCCAAUAUUUUAAAUCGCUUUGCCAGUGUACGUAUGGAGGAGAUAAGAGGUAUGCGUGUACCGUUCUUGCGAGUGGGCUGGAAUCGUCAAUUUUUAAUGAUGAAAGAAUUUGGUUUUGUCUAUGAUGCAUCUAUGGUUGCUCCCUUUUCCAAUCCGCCUUUAUGGCCCUAUACGUUGGACUACAAAAUGCCUCACACUUGCACCGGCAGUCAACAAAAUUGUCCAUCCCGUAGUUAUCCGGGCAUUUGGGAAAUUGUUAUCAAUCAAUUGGAAGCUGGAGAUUUUACCUGUACAAUGAUCGAUAGUUGUCCACCGCAUUUGAGUGGCGAUGAUAUUUAUCGCAUGUUGACGCAUAAUUUUAAACGUCAUUAUCUUUCAAAUCGUGCACCAUUAGGUUUAUAUUUUCAUGCAACCUGGUUCAAGAAAGCUGAUUAUCUUAAUGCAUUUUUGAAAUUUUUGGAUGACUUACAAAAACUGCCCGACGUUUAUUUUGUCACAAAUCAGCAGGCUAUACAAUGGAUACGCCAGCCCACUACGAACACUGAUAUACAUCAAUUCAGUGCCUGGGGUUGUAAACCAAAACAAUUGGAUAAACACGAGAUGGUAUGCACCCUAUCGAAUACUUGCAAGUUAAGAAGUCGAGUCCUGCAACAGGAUCGUUACUUUUACACCUGUAAAGAGUGCCCAGCACAAUAUCCCUGGAUACGUAAUGAAUUUGGUUUAGAUUGAGCAGCGGAUUC